GUGCGUGGAGGCCCUGGUGGUGUACUGCUGGUCGGGCAGGGAGGAGGAGCCCUACGUGACCAUCACCCGCAAGCGGCGCCUGCGGCAGGGCUACGAGCUGGAGCUGGAGCAGGAGGUGGGGCACUCGGAGCGGCGCCUGGCCACGCACCGCAACGCCUUCAAGCGCAUGGCCGUCAUCCAGGCCUUCCUGGGCUCCACGCCGCAGCUCACCCUGCAGCUCUACAUCAGCGUGCUCGAGAAGUACGUCCCUGCUGCCCGAGCCGUGCUCAUGGCCAUCUGCCUGGUGUCAGUCACCUACGGGGCUCUGGUCUGCAACAUCCUGGCCAUCCAGGUCAAGUACGACGACUACAAGGUGCAGCUGCGCCCGCUGGCCUUCCUGUGCAUCGUGCUGUGGCGCAGCCUGGAGAUCUCCACGCGCAUCGCCGUCCUCGUGCUCUUCAGCACCGUCUUCAAGCACUGGAUCAUCCCCAUCGCCCUGGCCAACCUCCUGGUGGUCUUCUUCUUGCCGUGGGUGCAGUUCUGGCGCAGCGGCAGCCGCCUGCCCGACAACAUCGAGAAGAACUUCAGCCGCCUGGGCACGGUGGUGGUGCUGUGCGCCUUCACGCUGCUCUACUCCAGCAUCAACAUGUUCUGCUGGUCGGCCGUGCAGCUCAAGCUGGCCGACCGGGACCUCAUCGACAAGUCGCAGAACUGGGGCCGCCUGGCCGUGUACUACGUGGCCCGGCUGGCUGAGAACACGGCCUUGGUCAUCCUCUGGUACUUCUUCAAGACUGACGUCUAUGAGAACGUCUGCACGGCGCUGCUGGUGCUGCAGCUGCUCCUGGGCUACUGCCUGGGCAUCUACUUCAUGCUGCUCUUCUUCCAGUACCUGCACCCCUGCCGCCAGCUCUUCAGGCACAACGUGGCCGAUUUCCUGCACUGCGUGUGCUGCCGCCGGCGCCCCGCGGGGACCCCGCUGUUCCUCGAGGCACCUUCAGAGCCUGGCGUGAGGCACAGCAUUGUCUGAGCUCCCGGCCCCUCCAGCCAGCCACAGACUGGGCAUGGGCGUGGGCAGCACAGAGGAUGCCCGUGGCACAGGCUGAGUGCUGCCUGGUGCUGCUGUGCUGGCAGCAGGUCCCAGUGCAUCCCCUCGGGGACAGGGACAGGAGUGUGCUUGCCCGCUCAGGAUCACUCAUGAACAUGAAGGAGGGCUGAUUUGGAUUGGACAUAAGGAAAUUUUUCGCAAUGAGUGCUGAGGGACUGGCACAUGUUGCCCAGAGAGAUGGUGGAUGUGCCGUCCCUGAAAACAUUCAAGGCCAGGUUGGGUGGGCUCUGAGCAGCAGUUGAAGAUGUCCCUGCCCAGCUCUGGAGUGUAACUAGAUGGCCUUUAGAGGUCCCUUCCAACCCAAACUGUUCUACAAUUCUACAAUUCUACGGCUUAUGGGGUGCCCCAACGAGGUGCCCCUGCCAGCUGGCUGCCACAUGGUGCAGAGCCCCAGGGGUGCCCCGACACCCCCAGUGCUGCUAUGGUGCAUACGGUGACCAGGGCUACGGGUGCCACUGGGACUGUUGUAAGCAGUAAAGAAACUUUGCUGUGACUGCGAA